AUGUCCUGGACUCGAGUCUUCGUGCUCUCUUUGCUCACCACCCACCUCAUCCUCACCUUUUCCAGUGUGGUGAGAAGCGUGGCGGUGCGGGGCGACUCAAAAGCAGCCGAUCCUAAAGGUGCAGCGCGGCAAGUGUUCAUGCCCGAGUUGGACGCCUCCAACUUCUUCAAGGGCCGCAGUCGCCGCUCAACCCGAUACUAUGAGCUGCAAGCCGAGCAGAGGGUAAGGCUUUCCUUGAACGAGCGGAGGAGGGAGUACAACGAGGAGCAAAGGGACGAGUACGACAACUACAUCAAGGAGGAGCGCGACGAGCAAAACGAGAGAUCGAGGGAGACGAACGAGCAGCUGCGAGAGUAUCACUACGACGGCCACCAACCUCGCUACUACUGGUUCCACUGA